CCCGAUCAGCUGUAGGAAAAUUUUUAAUCAUCGGCCAAUGAGUGCCAAGCGGCUUGCUAUUGACAAUCCGCUGAACUGUGUUAUAGUUACAAAAUUCAAAACCUUGAUCGUGUCUAAUGAUUAACUUCUAAGGAAAAAAUUAUUUGUGACAGAACUGUUGUUAAGAGUGUCAGAAUUAGAUUCACCAACCUUGAACUUGGCAACUUUAAAAACAAAGCUUAGAAAAUGGAAAAUCCAGUUGUUAAGACCAUGGAUGAAGUCGCCGGGCGCGAGGGGAUUAUCGCCGUGGUCUGUGCCGACAAUGACGGUUUUCCUGUACAAGUUCGUGGUAGUGUGCCGUCACAGGCGGCCGGCGUAAUCACGCAAAUGUGCGAGUUGGCUAAACAACUCGAACAAGACGUGAGCAGUACUCCUACAAUCCAGUUGGAAACCGACAAUAUGAACGUGUUUAUACAAAAAAAGGACAUGGCGACAGUGGCAGUUUACCAGAAAAAGGAAUAAUGUUAAUAAAUUAUUAACAAUAGUAUAUCAGUAUGUAUUGCAAUAAAUAAGUGAAUAUUUUAUUUCGAAUAAUUAUCUUUUCGCGCUUGUUGGCUUGACAGAUUUACUACCGGUUCAUCAAGACAGUAGGUUGCUACUUAACAACGACGUCAAGAUGACGAACAUCUUGAUGUCUUAUUUUGAUUAUGUUCUUAUAGACUACUUGGAAGGCAUCCAUUAAUUGUUUUUGAACAGGAGUGCCAUUGACAGCUAGUAGCCAAAUUAGGUUUAUUUCUGUUCAACCGGCAUACGUCAAAUGCGUUUACGUACUUCCUGUAUUCUGUUCCUCUUCUAGUUCUAUAAACUACUAAUAAUAAAAUGAUUGAGAGAAUUUUAUUGCGGGUCACGU